CUAAUGCAAUUCUGUAUUUUGGGAGCAGCUCUUACAAUCAAGAACGAUCAAGUCAAAGUUGCCAUUUACGAUACCAAAUGGUACGAUCUUCCGGUGGAGGAACAGAAAAUGCUUGCGAUCGUUUUACAUAAAUCUCAAAACUCCGUUGAAAUGACGAUAGGCGGACUUGCACUGCUCAACAUGGAAACCUUCGUACAAAUUCUCAAAAUGAUAUAUUCUUAUUUUGCAAUGCUGCUGCAGCUCAUGGAGUGAAAGGAGUAUUUGAAAGAGAGAAACCUUUUCAGAUUUAUUGAGUUUUUUUUUAUCAUUGUUGGUAGAGGA